AUGCCCGAUCGAGGAAUAGGUGCCCGUCUCCAACAAGUACGAGGUACUUUCAUAUCGGCUCAGAAGGAUUGGAACGAUGCCAAAACGUGCCUCGCCUCGCUCCGGGCAACUUACGAAGAGAAGAAAACCCUAGCUGGGAGUAUUUACGAUGGUCGCCAGUCGAGGAGCACCCCAGAUAAGGCCACAAUGCUCGAGGUUGAGAUUGAGGAGCUGAAGGAGUGUAUCGACGUAAUUAGAAAGGAGAUUAUCGGUCAUCGUACUCAAAUGGACGCUGCUAUAUCUCUUUUUGAGGAACUGGAAGGUUAUGAAGUUGUAGACGAAAUGCCGGGCAUGUCUGGUUAG